AUGGCUUCUGAAGCUGCAGGUGACGCCGCCAUGACCCUUCCACGACUCCAGAACGCCCUCAGGAGCUUCCAGUCUUCCGGGCGGCCAUUCCAACUCAUCCAACAAAACGCGUCAACUACCAGCAGCAGCGGUGCAGCAGCGGCUCGAAGAUGCCGGACGCUGAUCGUGCUCGACUCGAGCUUCAACCCUCCAACACUAGCACACAUGCAGAUGGCGACGUCUGCUCUACAGGAUCUACGGACGCAGCAGAGCAUCGCGGCCACCCUGAAAGGCGGAUCAAGCGGGCAGAGGCGGGGCCUCCCAGAUGAUGUGCGGCUGCUGCUGUUGCUGGCAGUCAACAACGCCGACAAAGCGCCCAAGCCUGCGACCUUUGAGGAGCGCUUGUUGAUGAUGGGAGAGUUUGCGGGAGACGUGCAGCGGGCAUGGCGCACACUAGCAAGAGAAACGGUGAGACAGGAGGAGGAUUCACAUGCAGGAGAGGAGGCGGCAACGCUUCCUGUCGACAUUGGUCUGACAACUCUUCCCUACUUUCACGACAAAUCCGCCGCGAUCGCUACAUCGCCCGAGUACCACUUCCCCGCGUCCGAGACAGACAGCAACGAAGGCGAGCCUCACACGGACCAGAUCUUCCUCGCAGGCUACGACACCCUGAUCCGCAUCUUCAAUCCGAAAUACUACAAGUCCCCGGUACCCGAAGCGGCUGUCGACCUCCCCAAACCCGGCAAGACGCCUAUGCAGAUCGCGCUGGACCCGUUCUUUGCGCGGGCCCAACUCCGCAUCACGAUGCGGACGGACGAUGAAUGGGGCGGGCGGGAAGACCAGCUAGAUUACGUGGAAAGUAUAAUGCACGGCAGCGAGCUGGAGGAUGUCGGGGGCAGGAGGGAGUGGGCGCGGCGGGUCGAGUUGGUCGAGGGGACGUCGGGAGAAGGCCCAGAGAAGGCAGCUGUGAGCAGCACACUGGCCAGGGAAGCGGUCAAGUCGAAGGAUUGGGACCGGCUGAGGGAGCUGGUGCCGGGUGGUGUUGCGAGUUUGAUCGAGAAAGGAGAGGUCGCAUGGUGA